CGGAGAGCCACAGAGCAAUCUCCACGCACUCACUCGCAGCCAUGCGACCCAACACACUCGCUUGCACAUGACCGCCGCCUCCUUCACCAGUCCAGCACCUGGCGGCCACUUUUAGCACGAGCAUCCACGCACCUCGGCUCCCUGCGCCCUGCCUGCGCCCUGCCCACUCGCCAUGGCAGAUGUCGGCCGCAAACGCACGCUGGACGGCGACGGGCCUGCCGCACUCCGCAAGAAGCUGCGUCCGUCAGAGCUGCCGCUGUCGCAGGCACAGCGCACUGCCAUCGACAACCUCGCGCACACCUUUCGCAAGAAGGGACACUAUGACAGCAUCCGUAAGGACCUGUUGGCGCAGUUCGAGGCCAGCCCUGCCAAAGCCGACCUGCUCGCGGCCCUGGAGGAGCUCGUCGACCGCGAGACCGACCGCAACCCGUCGCUCCUGUCCAAGGACCCCAGAGUCGCUGCCACGCUGAUCGAAGGCGCCGGCGAGCGCAGCGAUAUCUACGGCAAGAUCACGCACACCGUCAACACCCUGCUCGCCAAGUUGAUCGAGGAGCAAGGCCUGCCCAGGAUGCGCGAGCACCGCAUACAGGAAGUCGGCGCUGGAGUCGCUGCCGAAGAGGAGAAGCGCGGAAGCAAGACGGAGGAGCAGUGGCAGCACGAGGCCGACGCUCGUCGAGCAGAAAGGGAAGCCAAGCUCGAGCAGGAACGUGACAAGGAGCGCGAGCGCGAGCGCGCAGAGAAGGCGAAGAGAGAGGAGCGGAAACGCCGGCAGAAGGAGGAGGAGGAGGCACGCGAGAAGAAGCGCCAGGAAGAGAAAGAGCAAAGGCGCAAGGCACGCGAGGCCCAGCAGAAAGAAGACGAAGACCGUCGGCGGAAGAAGAGGGAGCGCGCAGAGAAGGAGGAGGAAGAAGAGCGUGCGCGCAUCAAGAAGGAGCGGGAAGAGCACGAGGCCACGCGUGAGGCUCGUCUCAAGAAGAUCCGCGAAGAGGACCGCGAGCGCGAGAAGCGCAUCGAGGCCGAGCUGGCUCAGAGUCGCCCUGGACGCAGCCGCGGAGGUCGCGCACGCAGCAGGACGCGGAGUCGCAGUCGAGACCGGGACCGCGGUCGAGACAGAGACAGAGACCGUGAACGGGAUCGCGACCGAGACAGGCGCAGAAGCCGGAGCCGCACGAGGUCACGCGAGCGCACACGACCGGUCAGGCCCGAGGACAUCAAAGUGGAUGAUGAUCUUGCGCUGCAACUGCUGCUACAAGAAAGCGAGGAGAUGAAGAAGUCAAGACAACGCCCUACUCUCGAAAGGUCCGAGUCCCUCGAGCCGCCAAUCAAGAAAGCACAGCCCCCAGGUACACUCAAGCCCCGAGACCCAGCCGCAGCGAGACUGGCAAGACUCGACAGCAAGCCGCUUUCUCCAGCUGCCAAGUCUUCAAGUAAAGAACCGCCCACGCCCACAACGCCCCCGCCUGCCAGUAAGGAUGAAGACACACCAAUGGAAGAUGCACCGCCAGUUGACGACACCAAGUCACGAUGGGACCGGCCUCCGCCUCUGAAGCCUGACAGAACACGCGGUGGAUCGCGCUCACACAGUGUCGCUCAGAGCACCAGUGCGCGGAAACACAGCAAAUCUCGAUCGAGAUCCCGCGGUAGCCGCCAUGAUAGGCGCGGUUCUUUCGUCGAAGGUGACCGCCGUUCUCGCCGCGAUGAUGACAGACGUUCACAGAGGCCACGUGACGACAGUAGACAACGAGACCGUGACAACAGCAGACAACGAGACCGUGACAACAGCAGACAACGAGACCGCGACGACCGACGCCGAAGCCGCUCUAGAGACACUCACACCAGCCGUCGCAAGUCUCGAGUAUCACGCAGCCCCGAGCGACGGAAUGAUCGUGACCGCGACCGCAAAAUUUCUCGUUCACGAUCCCGCGACGCCCGCCGAAGCCGCCGCCGCCACCACUCACGUUCAAGAAGCCCUGAAACCAUCGAUCGAUACGUUCCCCGCAGCGAACGGCGCGAUGAUCGCGACCGCAAGCGUCCGGACAGUCGAGAUCGUAAAAGGGACGACAGCCGAGACCGCAAGCGCAGCGAUAGCCGUGACCGUAAACGGGAUGACAGUCGGCGCCGGCGCGACGACAGCCGUGAUCGUCCGCGCACCUACAGAUCCCGAGAGUACGAUCGCUGGGACGCACGAGACGGGAGCGUGCGUGAGAGUCGAGAUUCUAGGAACACUCGUGACGCAGAGCGAGGGAGCCGAUUCCAGGACUCUGACCGCUAUGUACCAGGCGGUGGCGACGAUAAAGAAGUUGAUCCUGACGAGAGACGCGAUAGCAAGAAGCGGGACAGGGAGAGAAGCAGGAGCAGAGACAAGGACAGAGACCGGGAUGAUCGUGACCGAGAUGACCGCCGCGGCAAGGAUGAUCGCGACACAGACACGAGACGGCGUCGUAGCAGGUCGAGGAGUCGAGAUCGUGGCGGUCGAAGACGUCGUUAGCAGGGCCUUACAGACCGAUGCGUACAAUGUAGGCCAAAGCUUGUAUUAUCACCUACCAAGAUUCCCUCCAUGUGGAGCUGGGAUCACUCUAUCAGAUUUGAAGCUUGUAUUACUACAGAGGUGCACGCUUGGAAUUGAAGGCACCACAUACGCCCUGCACGAUGAUGAAGAAC